GAUGUCGUAGCGUAGCAAUCGGAAUGCAAAGGAAAGUGUACAGUCCUGUGUUUUUUAAUUGUUUUCAAAUAAUUUAGUGGAAUUUAUCAUAUAGAAGGGUAGCUAAAGGUUUUUUUGAAAGUCGGUGUUCAUAUUUAUUUUAGUGUAUACUCGAAACGUGUCGAAUAUUUACAAUUUUUGGAAAAUUUUGUGUCAAAGAUGACUACUAUGACUGCAUUGCCAUUGGGUACGAUUGGUGAUCAUUUUGGUCUCAAAUGGGACCCAAAAAAUCUAGAAAUAAGGACAAUGUCAGUGGAAAAAACACUGGAGCCCUUGGUACUUCAAGUUACCACUCUCGUUAACACAAACGGGCCUUCCAAGAAGAAAAAGGGCAAAUCUAAACGUGCCAAUGCUUUAGUACAGACUGUUGAAAAGGCCACUGAAAAUUUUAUAGAAAAAGGCGAACAAAUCGCUUAUGAAAAUCCUGAUAUCACUGAGGAGAUGUUGGCUGCCGUUGAUGAAGUUAGAAAAACAGGAACUCAAAUGAGUAGAGAUGCUAGAGAUUUCUCAGAAGACCCAUGUUCAUCGCUCAAACGUAGCAAUAUGGUAAGAGCGGCCAGAAAUCUUCUCUCAGCAGUUACGAGGCUUCUCAUCCUGGCAGACAUGGUGGAUGUACACCUAUUGCUCAAAUCACUCCACAUUGUGGAAAACGACUUGGAAAAACUCAAAAUGGCUUCUAGCAAUGACGAAUUGUUAGACAACAUAGAAACAUUUAGACACAAUGCUAACGAACUGAUGAAUCAGGCAGCUAAACGGCAGCAAGAAUUAAAAGAUCCACAGCUCAGAGAUGAUUUGGCUGCUGCCAGGGCAGUGCUCAAGAAACAUUCAACCAUGUUGCUCACAGCUUCAAAAGUGUAUGUACGUCAUCCAGAACUUGCUGCAGCUAAAGCAAACAGGGAUUAUGUUCUGAAACAGGUUUGUGAAGCUGUUAAUACUAUCAAUGAUGUUGCUCAAGGUAGGGCACCUCCUGCUGCGGGUCCAUAUGAUGGACCUGGUGAAUUAGCAGCAGCUCUUGAUGAUUUUGAUGAACAUAUUGUCAUCGAACCUUUGGCUUAUAAUGAGGUUCAUACUAGGCCAUCCCUCGAAGAACGCCUGGAAAGCAUAAUCAGCGGGGCUGCGCUAAUGGCGGAUUCUAGCUGCACAAGAGAUGACAGGCGCGAACGCAUUGUUGCUGAAUGCAAUGCUGUACGUCAAGCACUACAAGACCUAUUGUCAGAAUACAUGUCAAAUAUGGGUAAUAAGGACAAGACAGAAAGUUUAGGAAAGGCAAUUGAUAACAUGAAGGGUAAAACUAAGGAUUUGAGGAGGCAGCUAAGAAAGGCAGUUGUUGAUCAUAUUUCUGACAGCUUCAUGGAAACAGGCAUCCCUCUUCUUAUUUUGAUCAAAGCAGCACAAAACGGCGACGAGAAGCAGGUUGAAGACUAUGCUGGUGUAUUUACUGAGCAUUCUAACAAACUCGUAGAAGUGGCUAAUUUGGUGUGUAGCAUGUCAAGUCAUGAAGACGGCGUCAAAAUGGUGCGUUACGCUGCUGCUCAAAUUGACUCACUAUGCCCAGAAGUCAUAAAUGCUGCCAGGAUUUUGGCAGCUAGGCCUCGUAGCAAAGUUGCUCAAGAGAAUAUGGACGCGUUUAGACUUACUUGGGAAAAUCAGGUGCGGAUUUUAACAGAUGCUAUUGAUGACAUAACAACCGUGGACGAUUUCUUGGCCGUAUCCGAAAAUCACAUCUUAGAAGAUGUGAAUAAAUGUGUGUUAGCUCUCCAGGAAAAUGAAGCUGAUACUCUGGAAAGAACUGCUGCUGCCAUUAGAGGUCGAACUGGACGGAUAGGAGUUGUUGUUGCAGCCGAGAUGGAUAAUUACGAACCUUGUAUCUAUACCAAAAGGGUUUUAGAAGCUGUAAAGGUGCUCAAUGAUCAAGUGAUGCCAAAGUUUACACAACGCGUACAAGUUGCCGUUCAAGCAAUAAUAAAUGGACAACAGGGUCAACCCUCUAAAGAAUUGGACGAAAAUGAAUUUAUUGAUGCUUCAAGAUUGGUCUAUGAUGGCGUCAGAGAAAUCCGCAGGGCAGUUCUUAUGAACAGGGCUGAUGAAGAUUUGGAUCCAGAAGAUGUUGAACUUGAUGAAAAUUAUACUUUGGAGACUAAGAGUAAAUCGAGUGCCCAUACAGGUGAACAUGGUGUUGAUGAAUAUCCUGAUAUAAGUGGUAUCACAACAGCCCGUGAAGCUAUGGGCAAAAUGCCAGAAGAAGACCGUAAGAAGAUCCUUCAGCAAGUAGAAUACUUCAGAAGUGAGAAACUCAAGUUUGACAGAGAAGUGGCUAAGUGGGAUGACACUGGUAAUGAUAUCAUCGUUUUGGCCAAACACAUGUGCGUUAUCAUGAUGGAAAUGACUGAUUUUACUCGGGGCAGAGGACCAUUGAAGACUACCAUGGAUGUAAUUAAUGCGGCAAAGAAAAUAUCAGAAGCCGGCACAAAACUUGAUAAGCUAACCAGACAAAUUGCGGAGCAAUGCCCAGAAAGUUCUACCAAGAAAGAUUUGAUAGCAUAUCUUCAAAGAAUCGCUUUGUAUUGCCAUCAAAUGAAUAUUACCUCUAAGGUAAAAGCUGAUGUGCAAAACAUCAGUGGGGAGUUAAUUGUAUCUGGUCUGGAUAGCGCUACAUCUCUAAUUCAGGCUGCUAAAAAUUUGAUGAAUGCAGUAGUAUUGACUGUUAAGGCAUCCUAUGUUGCAUCAACAAAAUAUCCAAGACAGGGAACUGUUGCGUCUCCAAUUGUGGUAUGGAAGAUGAAAGCACCUGAAAAAAAGCCAUUGGUGAGACCCGAAAAACCAGAAGAAGUUCGCGCAAAAGUUAGAAAAGGAUCACAGAAAAAACUCCAAAAUCCAAUACAUGCUCUAUCCGAAUUCCAGAGCCCAACCGAAUCAGUGUAAUUUUCUUUUUCUGUGGUAACUUACUAUUUCCUGUGGUAUUUUAUUUUAGAAGUUGCUGGUGAUAUAAAUUAGAAUUCCUUUCUUAUUCAUUUCUAUUAUUCCAUAUUUAUGCUGUAUCUGUCUGUCGUCCAUUUCCUGAAGUUGUAUAGAUUGUAUUGAUAUGUGUACAUAUCAGCAGUCUAUAGAUUUAUCCCAGAGAGCUUUUUUUAUAUCUUAUACAAAUAAUGUAUGUAUCAAUCAACCUAAAGACAAAUAACCAACUUAAAUUUCCUUAAAAGUUUGAAUUUUAAAUUGUACAGAAUUGACAGGAAGCUAAAAGCGAUAUUGCUUUGAGUAUAAAUUAAAAUUCAAGCAUGCAUUUUAAAAAAAUUAAAGGAAGAAAUGGUGUUUGUCAUAAUAUAUAAGAAGUAGUUAUAAGAAAUAUUCUGAAAGAAAGUUUAUGUUUAGCUCAAGACUGUCCAAUAAGGAUUGCAUUUACGUUUUUCGGACUGUCUUUAAUAUUUAAUGCAUUUAUUCUGGCUAGAGUUUGGUUAAUUGGUUGACUACAGUAGAGCUUAAUUAUUUUUUAUUUAAACAUUAUUUUAUACCAUACUGUAUUAUUUUCAAUAAAUAUAAAAAUAUUUAAAUAG